AGUAGUAUGGCGGCCGGCAUAGCGUGGUGGGCAGAGAGAAAGUUGGAUUACUGAAGCUGCUGUUGGCACGUUCAUGGAUGCCACUUUGACAGGAUAGAGAAGCUGCUGCAUGAUGAUACGAAGAUCUAGAAUUAGCGUGAGACCUAACGUAAGGCCGGGUGGUAGGGGCCUGUCCUCUUCAUCUCAAGAACCGAAGCCAGCAGCAGAGGCUCCUCCUGGCUCUCCAAAAGCCCAAGAGAAGAGAGACGUUGCUGGUAGAGAGCCCCAGGAUGAAGCACCGCCACCUCCCCCCUUAACUGAAGACACUCAAGUUGAACAGCAAGCUUCCCUUAACCAGGAGGAAAAGAAUUACAAUGGGAAAGCCUCUGGUAACAGUGUUCCGCCUGCUGCUCCCAUACAGAGAAGAAAACGAAUCUCUGCAAUGCCAAACCUAGCCAAACCCAGAACUGUGGCGCCACAAGCCAGAACACCCCGUCCAGCAACUACAGGCACUGCAAAGAAUAAAGAGCCCACUCCAAAGGACAGGGCAGUGUUGGAGAACACUGCCCCACAAACUCUCCCCAAGUCACCAGGCCGAAGAAGAACCUCCACACCCCAGCUGAAGGUGCCUGACAAGAAAUCUGGAAAUCUAAAGGAAUUGAAAACUGCCCCAGCAAGUCAAGAACCAGCUGCUGAUUCAAACCAGAGCAGGAAUGAUGAAACACAGCAGACACACAGCGAGUCCUCUCCUAAAUUAAAAACCCCUCAGGAUAGCUUCUGUAUAGAUGACCACCGGCCCUCUUCUCCUGGUAAACUGAAAGCCUCACAGAAUGACACCUGUGUAAAUGACCACCACCCCCAUCCGGAAUAUUCUCAGGGUAAACUGAAAGACUCUCAAAACAGCACUUGUAUAGAAGAAAAGCAAAGGCCACCUGAAUAUUCAUUGCCGCUUAGAAAGAGCACUGCUUCCUUGGACCGGGAGAGGAUCAUUAAAGCAAGAAAGCUUCGAGAACUCCUUAAAAAAGAGAUCAGAAAGGAAAAGAAACAACAGAAGGGGAAGAUCCCUGAUUUUGAAUUCAUCACCCCAGUGGACCGUUCCAAAAUGACAAUGAGAGACUUUAUAUACUAUUUGCCAGAGAACAAUCCGAUGACGUCUUCCCUAGAAGAGGAGAGAAGAGAAAUUGAGAAAGUGAUUGGGCCCAUGCCCUCCAAAGAUCCAGCUAAUAAAGCCCCUUUGCGCCCCCCUGUGAGGGACGAAGAUGAAGAUGAUCAUGAAGAGGAGGAUGUGGAGCACGUCCAAGACGAUCAGGUUCUGGUUCCCAGAGUGAAAGUAGCUGAAGACGGCUCAAUUAUUAUUGAUGAAGAAAGUUUAACAGUGGAGGUUUUGAGAACGCAGGGUCCUAACGUGGUGGAGGAGAAUGAUCCUGUUUUUGAGCGAGGUUCCACAACAACAUACUCCAGCUUCAGGAAAUCCACUCACACCAAACCUUGGACCAAUAGAGAAACGGACAUGUUCUUCUUGGCUAUCAGCAUGGUGGGAACGGAUUUUUCUAUCAUCGGUCAGCUGUUCCCUCACAGAGCCAGAGUAGAGAUCAAGAAUAAAUUUAAAAGAGAAGAAAGAGAAAAUUCCUGGAGGAUAGAUAAAGCAUUCAAGGAGAAAAGGCCAUUCGAUUUUGAGUUUUUCAGCCAGCUGCUUGAGAGGAUCCUCAAAGACGAUGAAAGGAAACGGCUUAAUAAGAACAAAGUUACACUUGGAAAAAAGCCAGCCAAUCCCAAAUGGAAAAAAAAAGAGAAGAAAGCUGACCAGGACAAGGCCCUUGACGGGGGUGGAUCAGUCGAGGUGUCGGACAGUGAGGUUGCGGAGGGAGAUGCAGAUGCAGAGACGACAGAGAAGGAGAAUGAGGACUCCCUCAAUGUGAAUGAAGGGGAGGCGAGCGCUGCUGGAGGCCCGGAUGCUAAAAAAAAAAGGAAACGCAAGAACGAUGCAGAGUCCAGCGGACCAGCAACGAAAAAGCCAUCUGAAGACUCACCAGAGAGGCAACAAAAGAAGGCGAAAAAGCGUAAACGGAUAAAAUCUGUGGAAAACCAUGAGGACAAUGAAGAGGUAGAUUAUGAAAACAUGCCUCCUCUUGAAGGAAGCCCAGGCAGCUCACCUUGUCGGAGGGAAGACCCGGACACACCAGAGGUACCUGCACAGAUAAAGAAGCAGCAGAUUGCUGAGGAGGAAGAUGUCAGUGGCCCGGCAGAGGAGACUGCAGGACCAGAAGCUGCAGAAACACCCAGGCUGGCCCAGCGUUCACAGCUUCAGAAACCAAAACCCUGCCUCAGACUGGCAACCAAGACGGGGGCAAAAGCUGCUGUCGACAAACCCAAUGAGCUUUCACAGGCGUCGCACUUUAUAAGCCAUGGACAAGCAGCUGAGCCCCACUGUGUAGAAUCUGCCACUGAGGGUACAGCAGCGUCACAUCUGAAGAGGAGCACCGCUGGAGACAAGCGACCAUCCAGCGACAUGGAGGAGGAGGAGGAACAUGACAUUACUGCCAUUCAACAGAAAAUGUUACAAAAGCCCACUAGAUCCGGAAGAAUACCUAAAUUUUCCUUGCAUCUGAAACAACCCGAAGAUGAUGAACCUCCAGAAGCUUCGCCCCCUGCCUCCCCACCCCCAGAGGCAGGCUCACCCCAAAGGAGAGGAAGAGGCCGGCCUCCACAGUCCCAGAAAGCUAAACCCAGCGCCCUGAAGGGGAGGGAUCAGAAGAAGGACCCGAGACCCGGGAAGACCGCGCUGGUGACCUUGAGGGCGUCUGUAAAAGAGACUGAAGAGAAUUCAGACGAGGGAGAGCCAGUGAUGGAGGAAGAGGAUUCCUUUCCCGUGAACCCAGAGGAGGUGAACCAGGCCCCAGCGUUUGUGCCAGUCAGCCUGCGCUCGCCAGCGCCUGUCCCAGCUCAGGUGGAGGAGACUAUGGAGGAGCUGGAAGUUUCAGUCAGUGUCCCUGACACACGUUGUGCUAUUGAAGCAGAGCACCUACACCACAGUGACAGUGUGUGCAGUCAGUCACUAGACCAGAGUCCGGCAGAGGCAGCAGUCACAGAAAACUGCUUGCAUUUAUUGGUAGAUGUGAUUGAAGUUUCCACUUCAGAGAAGGAUGAAGAUAACUCUCUGCCAGUGAAUGAUAGCAGUACAGACUCUGAUAGGAGCUGGCUGGCAGUGAAGAAGGACCUUGUGUGUCAGCCUUCCUCUGCAGCUGGUCCUGGAGAGAAUGGUUCAGGUAUCAGUGAGGAGCCUCCAUGCCAGGCACUGAAACCAGGGCUCGUGGAGGUGGAAAAGGCAGCCGCGGUGAGCCAGGAUUCAAUGCAGCCUGCGCAUUCCCAGGCUGUGACAUGUGAGGCCACUACUCAGGUCCUUCAUGAAACUCCUUCAGAGACGCCAGGCGAGGAGACGGCAGGGAGGGCACAGGCAUUAAGAGACCCAUGCACACUGGAAGAAGCUGCCAACACCACUGGUGUUGUUAAUGCACCUGAAGUAUCUUGCGGCUCUGAGACACCGAGCCCAAACCAGGAGAGAGGCAGAAGAAGCAGGUUUCCAAAGCCUAAACCCAACCUGGGCGGAAAAACAGCACAGCGCAGGAAUCUUGAGACUAAACCCGCCCAGAGUGACUCAGGACAGGACAGCUGUGGUAAGGGAGAUGCGUCACGGAAGGCUGAAGUGCACAUUAUUCAACAAAAGCCUGCAGAGGAAAAAGAGAGUGAAGUUAAUAGCUGCAAAGAUGAAGAAGUUUCAGAAGAACUAAGGGAGGUCAAGGCAUCAUCUUUAUCAUCGUCUGUAGAGGGACUGAGAAAAGAUGGCACUGAUAUUGUUGUUAAUGCACCUGAAGUAUCUUACUGCUCUGAGACACCGAGCCAAAACCAGGAGAGAUGCAGAACAAGCAGGUUCCCAAAGCCUAAACCCAACCUGGGCGGAAAAACAGUACAGCGCAGGAAUCUCGAGACUAAACCCACCCAGAGUGACUCGGGACAGGACAGCUGUGGUGAUGCAUCAAGUAGCCCUGCGGUGGACAUUGCGCCUCAUCAUCCAGUAGAUGAAAAGAAGUGUGACAGUAGCAGAGAUGAAGGCGUUGCAGAGAAACUGGGUGACAGGGACUCAUCAUCCUGUGCAGAAGGACUGAAACAAGAUAACACUAACAUAAGACCUGCAUUGGAAAGUCUCCCUGAACCAACAGGUGAGGAUGAAAGGGUUGAGAAAAAACCAGCAAAGCCACCAGUUCGAAGACCUAAACCUAAUCUCAGUGGAAAGCUGAGAAUCAGGAUCCCUCCAGAGAAGAAUGCCUCUACAGCAGCCAGCACUGGGCAGGAACAAAAUGCCAUUCCAGAGGAUGGAACGGUUUCAACAUUGGAUUCUCCUGUAUCAAAAGAGGCUGAAGUCAGAAGCCCCAAAGCUGAUGAAAAACCCAGUACAUCAGUUAUCUCACAAAACACAGAAGGGAGCCUUGCAGCAAAUGAAUUCCCACAGCAAGAACCAACUUUUAUACUAACAUUGUUUGAAAUCCCCCCUUCGUUGCUGGGGGAUUACGAUGACAGCACCAGUUCUCUGAGCACAGUCUCAGCAGAGCUUCUUUCCUCCCCUGUGUUUGUAGAUCACAUGCCUGCAGAACUCCCUGAAACACAGAGUCUAGUUUCAGAAGCAGUGGAAGUAGAGUCCUACUCAAUGUCUGGAUGCACUGAGGAUGCAGGGAUAGUUUCCUUGGAUCAGUUUUCACAACCUGUCUACAGGAGUGGUGAAGAGGAAAAACCCAGAAAAGAACUUCCUGCAACUUUGGCACAUGUGAAAGAUCUCACGACAGACUUGGGUGAGGAGGAAUACGUGAGCAUUACCUUGGAGCCAGUGGAGGAUUUCCCAGCAGCUGCUGAAGCUGACAGUGCUGAGACGAGCAACGGUGCUGCUCAGCAAUCCAGGCAAAAGAACAAACCACCAGGGAGGCCAAGAAGUAGAAAGCAUCAGGUAAAACCAAACACCUCAAAGAAGAAGCCUCCAGUGAGCACUGGGGCUUGUGGGACCUUGAAGGUAGUGCAUGUAGAACCACAAGAGCGCCUCCUGUCAGCAGAGACUGCCAGCUGUGCACCUCUUCCACAACCUGCAGAGGAGCAUUCUAUGCAAGAACGCCCCCUGUCAGCAGAGACUGCCAGCUGUACACCUCUUCCACAACCUGCAGAGGAGCAUUCUACACAAGAGGAGUGUAGCCAGCAUGAAGGAGAAGAGGCCAGCAAUAGCAGUGUGAAAGCCGAUGAACCAAGCAUUGAAAACACUGAUGCAGGAGAGGACCUGACUUCCAGCACAGCAAACACACUACCUCCUUCUGCAACCCCAUUAAUAAGGCCUGGACGGAAACCCAAAGGGUUUUUAUCUUUUAUUUCCCAGAAGAGUAGCUCUGAUAAUUCCCCUAAGCCUCGCCGGACAACAUUUCAUAAACCACAGAUUAAUACCACUGGAUUAGAUAGAAAAAGGACAGCUAGUGCCCCUGCAGUGGAUCUCUCAUCCAAGUCAUCCGCAGGGAGCCCACCUUCAGCAGGAAUGCGAUUGUGUGCAUCCCGCAGCAGCACUCCAGUGGCAGAACGAGUCGGCACAGCAUCAUCUCAAUUAAUACAUUUUCCCAUGACGGAAAGCUGCUCCUCAGAGUCUCGCAUAGAGGAGGUCUUCUGUACCAAGAACUCUGCAGCAGACGAAGAGCCAACCAGCAUUUCACAGUACUUCUUUAGUGACAUCUUCACAGAGGUGGACGACACAGAUUGAUGAUGUGAAUCGUUAUUGAUACUGUGACCUGGUUGUUCGGUUAAUCAUCCAGUCUAUGAUCGGUUUCAUUGAUUAGUCACAACUGUUGGCUAGUGAUAUGAAAUUGUAUUGCAGUAAGACAGUUACAAGUAAUACAAAGCUUUAUUCGGUAUGGGAUAUACAGAGAGCUCGGGAGAGCGUUUUCUAUUGAGAGCCAGUGGAGUGAUGGCUCAUGCGCAGAAAGCAGAGAUUAGAGCUUCACACAGCAGCAAUUAUAACAGUGGAUUCAUUGAUAUUGAAUGCAGGUUUUUAUAGAUUUUCACCAUGCAUGAAACAAAAGCCUUUAUUGUAGUACAUGUUGUAAAUACUGUGUAAAUAAUAUGUUUUCUUAAUUUAUUUUAUACGAUUAUAUUUGUGAGUGAACCACUAUAACCCUUAUUUAUAUUCUAUGUACAAGCAAUUUUGUACAGAAUGUAAGUAUUUUGGAUAUGCGGUGACAGCACUAUUUAUAUGUCGUUGUACCAAGUUAUGCAUCUGGAUGUUACUGGAUACUGUAAAUCUCUCUAGCUACAUAACCCAGCUUUGAAAAUUGAAAUUGGUUUAGUUGAAAGCCAUGAUUGUAUACGAAUGUUUAAUUAUAUAAACAUCUGAU